AUCGAGACCAUGGGAUGUCAGAUGAAUUCUGCUGACAGCGAACGAAUGGCUGGUCAGCUAGAGGCCAUGGGCAUGGCGAAGGUGGAGGAUCCGUCCAAGGCCAACGUCGUCAUCUACAACACUUGCUCCAUCCGAGAUCACGCGGAGCAGAAGGUCUACUCCUACAUCGGCCCGCAGGCAGACAGGAAGAGGAACGGAGAGAACGUGGCCCUCAUCGUUGCUGGGUGCGUCGCGCAGCAGGAGGGAGAGAAGCUGCUGCGGCGGGUCCCUGAGCUUGACAUGGUCAUGGGCCCGCAGUACGCCAACAGGAUCGGCGACCUGCUGGAGGACGUGGUGAACGGGAACCAAGUGGUGGCGACGGAGGCGGCCCCGAUGAUGGAGGACUCAACAAGGCCAAGGAGAGAGUCGGAGGUCACGGCCUGGGUGAACGUGAUCUACGGGUGCAACGAGCGAUGCACUUACUGCGUCGUGCCGACGACGAGAGGGGUGGAGCAGAGCAGACCCAAGGAGAGCAUCAGGAAGGAGAUGGAGGAGCUGGGGAGGAAGGGAUAUAGAGAGGUCACCCUGCUAGGGCAGAACAUCGACGCGUGGGGAAGGGACAUGGAGCCGAAGCAGAGGUUCAGUGAGCUGCUCGAGGAGGCGGCGACGGUGGAGCAGGUAGAGAGAAUCAGGUUCGUGACAUCGCAUCCUCGGUACAUGUCCUUGAGCGUCGUGGAGACGGUGGCGAAGCAUGCGAAGCUGUGCAAGUGCUUCCACAUCCCCUUCCAGUCAGGAGACGAUGAGGUCCUGAGGAGGAUGGGUAGGGGGCAUACGAUCGAGCAGUACCUCAAGAUCGUCAAGAGGAUACGCGAGCUGUGCCCAGACGCGGCCAUCACGGCCGACUGCAUCGUUGGGUUCCCUGGGGAGACGGAGGAGCAGUUUGAGAACAGCCUGAGGCUGAUGGAGGAGGUGAAGUUCGACGUGGUGAAUACUGCAGCGUACAGCCCAAGACCCAACACACCUGCUGCUACCUGGGAUAAUCAGAUCCCAGAGGAGGUCAAGUCAGUGAGGUUGCAAAAGAUCAACGAGUUGGGCAAGCAACAUGCAUAUGAGCGAUCUCAAAGAUACCUCGGACGGGUGAUGGAUGUCUUGGUGGAAGAGAGGAAUGUGAAGCGACCAAGUCAGGUCAAGGGCAGAAUUGAGCAAGGACGACCUGUUUACAUCGAAGGAAACAUCGACGAGCUCAAGGGCAAGAUUGUUCCCGUUGAGAUCAUUGAGAUCGGCGCCUACUACCUGGUGGGCAAACAAGCGGGAGAAGCGAGAUGAGCGCAAGAGAAGAGAAAUGAAAAGAUUCGUUGACGUGUAAAGCAACCAUGAUGU